UCCUUCUUUCCACCGCCGCCGUCGUUCCUUCCACCUCCUGACCUCCGCCGUCUUUAAACAAACAAGUCUAAUGGGGCCUAGAUGGAAAGGAAACAGCUCUCGAGCUAAGUCUCUGUCUAAAUCCAAAGCUCUUGCACAACCCAUGUCAAAUAUAGUAUUGCAGCUUCAAUCUUCUCUAAUUGAAUCGAAUUCUCGAGGGUUUUUAUGUGGCAGCAGUGUACUUUUUGAAGUGAAACCAGAGCAAGUUAAUCUUCUUGAAUCUGCCUGCUUUGGUGAUAGAAUGAUGGAGAAUAAGCACUGGUUUCAGUUGUGUAUGGAAGAGGCCUUUUACCUAUGCCAUUCUCUAAAAUGCCUCGAGAUUGUCGAAGAUAAGUGCUCAAAGAAUGAUAGCCAGCUAUGGCAGUGCUUGGAAUCUAGAAGAGCAUUGUUCCCCUAUUUGUACAAGGCUUAUUCUCACCUUAGAAUGAAAAAUUGGGUUGUUAGGUCUGGAGUUAAAUAUGGUGUGGACUUUGUUGCCUACUGCCAUCAUCCAGCUCUAGUUCAUUCUGAAUAUGCGGUGAUGGUGUUGUCAGAGGAAGAUAGUGAUGGAAAUAUGCGACUGAGGGAGUGGUUAGAUAUUCAUCGUACUACUCGGCUUUGUGGAGGCGUUGCCAAGACAUUGUUGGUUCUUUAUAUCAGCAGUAACGGUCAUAGUGUAGACUCUCCAUCAUGUGUGGAGACAUUUGCUGUUGAAGAGCGUACAAUCACAAGAUGGAAGCCAGAACAAUGCCGUGAUGAUGACAAAGUACUUGAAAGUGAAACUGGAACAAACUUGGAGCCACUCGGUUCCGAUAUUGUCUCUUGUUUCACUCACUCUACUGGCUCGGAGCCUCUUGACAUAGAUGAUUCUGAAAAUGUUUUCACUGAUGAUGAGCUCUCCCUCAGAAAUUUGGCUCACAAUGGAAGCAAUGAGAAGGGAGCUCAAAAGUUAAUGACUAUGUGUGAAGAAUGUUUGGAUGAAGAAUAUACCAAUGACCUUGAUGAAGAAGAAGAAAACCACUAUGCUUCUCAGCCCACAUCCAAGAUUCAACCCAGGAGGUCUAGUGUAUCCACGGCCCGCUGGGAUGAUGAGAUGGGCAUGGCAGUCGUAUUUCCAAAGGGUAGAAUAUGGAGGACCACGGGAAUUUCUUGCAAUGCCAAGCUCUAUAUUUCCAUGGAAGAAGUUUUGUAUUUGGUUGAAAUAGGCGCUUUGCUUCUGUUGGAUGGUAGUGAUACUAGUAUUUCCUUGGAAGACAUAUAUAGAAAGGUUUUAGAUGGAAAGAUGAUCUUCUUUGAUGAAUUUAGAGCUUAUAGGCAACUCAAAUCCCUUGGUUACAUUGUUGCAAGACAUGGUAUCCCCUGGUCUUGGAAAGGUGUCAAGACUAACUAUGAAUCUGUUUCUUCUCAAGUUUGUCCUGAAACUGAAGAGAUUAAGUCUGUCCAUGGAUUAUUCAAUGGGAUACAGAUUAAUGAAGUGAGGCCGGUUUUUGAUAUAUAUCUCCCAAACAGCAAGUUCAAGAAGUCAUCUCCGGGUGAUCCAAGUUUUGUUCUCUGUUUUACUAGGGGCCAUCCACCUUCCAAACCAGACCUUAAAGCCCUUGAGAGACAAUUUGGGAGCACUGCUUUAAAGUUUUGUCAUGUUUUGGGAGACUGUGUUGCAGAAUGA